UCUUGAAAGCCUUAGCUCCCGCCCGCCGCCCAAUCACCUCGCGGCAUCGGGGCUCUGACUAGUGUGAAGAGAACGUAACAGGUCUAACCGCUCCCCUUACUGUUAAGCAAAACGUAGUCCUCACGGCCUGUGGCUCUUCGACGGGGAAAGACGUAAACCAAAGCGAGCGUGGGGAGGCGCGCUAGGUUUCUCAGGCACCCGCUUCCUUGGCCCGCCGGUCUUGCCGCUGUCGAGACUCGGGAAACGGGGCGGCGGUGGCUGCGUGAAGCGGCGGAGGGAUACGAGACCGACGGCUGUGAGUGGAUUGUGUAUUGCCCUCCUGGAGAGGCUUGAAGGAGGAGGAAGAGGGGCGGCGGGCGAGAAGGAGUUCCGGCAGCGCCUUGGUCGUGUUGCCUAAAAAUAGCGCCCCGUGGAUAUCCGUGCGCCGGUGUCAGUGUCUCCCGCGGAGCGUCAGUUAAGGAGGCGGCGGCGGAGGAAGAGGGAGGAAGGAGGCGGCGGCCGAUGGGUUUUUGUUAAGACAGUGCAGUGCAUGGUCGUGGAAAACAACAUAGGCUUUAGUCGUGGAAGAGAACUGUCUACCAUGUGCUAGGAUACGAAGUUUGUGGAUUCCUUUACUUGUGUGCUUCUGGAUUAUAAAGAAGGAAGGUGAAAAUGGGGAGGAAGAAAAUACAGAUCACAAGAAUAAUGGAUGAACGAAACAGACAGGUGACCUUCACAAAACGAAAGUUUGGAUUAAUGAAGAAAGCCUAUGAACUGAGUGUGCUUUGUGACUGUGAAAUAGCACUCAUCAUUUUUAACAGUUCUAACAAACUCUUUCAGUAUGCCAGCACGGAUAUGGACAAAGUUCUACUCAAGUAUACAGAGUACAACGAACCCCAUGAGAGCCGAACCAACUCCGAUAUUGUUGAGACUUUAAGAAAGAAAGGCCUUAAUGGUUGUGAGAGCCCUGAUGCUGACGAUUACUUUGAGCACAGUCCACUAUCGGAGGACAGAUUCAGCAAACUAAAUGAAGAUAGUGAUUUUAUUUUCAAGCGAGGCCCUGCUCUGAACAAGAAGGAAAACAGAGGGUGCGACAGCCCGGACCCUGACACUUCAUAUGUGCUCACGCCACAUACAGAAGAAAAAUAUAAAAAAAUUAAUGAAGAGUUUGAUAAUAUGAUGCGGAAUCAUAAAAUCGCACCUGGGUUGCCUCCGCAGAACUUCCCAAUGUCGGUCACUGUUCCUGUGUCCAGCCCCAAUACUUUAACCUACAGUAAUCCUGGGAGUUCCCUUGUAUCCCCAGCAUUGGCAGCAAGUUCUACCUUGACAGACUCAACCAUGCUAACCCCUCCUCAAGCCUCAUUGCAUCGAAAUGUAUCACCUGGAGUUCCUCAGAGACCACCAAGUACAGGCAGUGCAAGUGGUAUGUUAUCCACAUCAGAUCUCUCAGUGCCAAAUGGAGCUGGUUCUAGUCCAGUGGGAAAUGGUUUUGUGAACUCACGAGCUUCGCCAGGCCUGCUUAGCAGCACUGGGGGUGGGAAUGGACUAAGCAAAGUGAUGCCUACAAAAUCUCCCCCUCCCCCUGGAGGGGGCAACCUUGGAAUGAACAGUCGCAAACCAGAUCUCCGGGUUGUCAUCCCUCCCUCUAGCAAAGGCAUGAUGCCUCCAUUGAACACCCAGCGGUUAAGCAGUUCUCAAUCUACGCAGCCUCUCGCAACGCCUGUUGUGUCUGUGACAACGCCAAGCUUGCCCCCGCAAGGACUGGUGUAUUCGGCAAUGCCUACAGUCUACAACACUGAUUAUUCCUUGACUAGUGCAGACCUGUCGGCCCUGCAGGGUUUUAACUCCCCAGGAAUGCUGUCAUUAGGACAAGUAUCUGCCUGGCAACAGCAUCAUCUAGGACAAGCAGCCCUCAGCUCUCUUGUGGCUGGAAGCCAGUUAUCUCAGGGUUCCAAUUUAUCUAUUAAUACCAACCAAAACAUGAACAUCAAAUCCGAGCCAAUUUCACCUCCUCGAGACCGAGUGACUCCGUCCGCGUUCCCCCAGCAGCAGCAGCAGCAGCAGCAGCAGCAGCCACAAUCACGGCAGGAAAUGGGCCGCUCUCCCGUUGACAGUCUCAGUAGCUCCAGCAGUUCAUACGAUGGCAGCGAUCGGGAGGACCCAAGGGGUGACUUCCAUUCGCCGGUUGGACUGGGAAGACCCCCAAAUUCAGAAGACAGGGAAAGCCCGACAGUGAAACGGAUGAGAAUGGACACCUGGGUGACAUAAGCUUUCUUUCAUCCCUCCCCCUUCCAUUUCUACUUUUGAGUUAUCCCGAAGAACAGUCCUGACAUAUCUAAAUUUAUAAAUAAGGACAUGAAAUAAAUAUUUAUAUGUAUAUACAUACAUGCAUAUAUAUAUCUUUGUAUACAUAUACAUGUGUGAGUAUGUGUGUGUAGCAAGACAAACAUACCUACACGCGUACACACACAGACACACAAUUAUCAGCAGGCACUUAAUACCAACUCCUCGCAUAGCUGCAGAUGCCCCGUGGUUUUAAAUAUACAUAUAUAUAUAUAUAUAUAUAAAAAACAGAAGAACUCUUUAUAGGUAUUGGUCUUGUCUGGCACUUAACCGGGACUUUGUUCCGUGAAUAAUGUAACCUAUUUUGCAAAAUAAAUGUUGUACCCGUAUAUAAUCUACCAAAUUAGAUGGCAGAACUGUGAGGGCUUCUAGUGUUCCGGCGUGUGUGUUUUUUUCCCCAACAGCUGUAAGGUUCCCUGUAGUUAAAAGUAUGCCUUCAUAGCAGCAGAGCAGUAGAAAAAGAAAGCAAUACUGUACAUAGAAUGAACUUUAUAUUACCCAAUCUAGCAUGGGUCUCUCUUACAAAAAGGUGCAUGGAGAAGGGCUGGCAUUAUUUUAAAAAAACACCUGUUUUUGCACGUGCAAAAAUAUACUGGGUCAAAUAAGUUUUAUUUUUACCAUGUACAUGAGAGAGGGAGAGACGCACACACAUAAGGAACAUGCAUGACAUAUUCAAGAGAUAUUAGACUAGAAGAUAGUCUAUAAAGAAAAUGUUAAUAUAUUAAGUUAUAAUUGGAAAAUGUUUAGAAUCUUUCCUAUGUUCUACCUUUUUUAAAAUAUAGAAAAAACAAUUCAGCUCGUGUAUAUUUUUUAUUAAAGAAACCAUACCCGUCUCAAAGACUAUAUAGAAAGUUAUGUAAGUACUUUUGAACACAUUCUGCUAUGAAUUAUUUAUAUAAGCCAAAGCUGUAUGGUGUUGCUUUUUUUGGUAGAAUAUAGUUUUGAUUUUUUUUUUUAAUUGUCUCUAUAUUUUUUUGGUCUUUUGCGUUUAGGGGAGGAAGGAUAAAAGAAAUCUUGCAGGCAGAAACUUGGGGAAAAAUAAGCCAUGAAUACUUAUUAUUCUAUAUGUAAGUCUAAAAUUUGAGCCAAACUGUGUAUAUAGCAUCUUAAAUAUAUUAUCACCUUUUGGUGUAAGUACUUAUGUAUUGUACGUUCACCAGAUUAAAAAGUAUAUUUUUGUGGAUUGACGCCAACUUGAAGAAAAAAAAAAGGCAAGGUCCUUAUUAAGUAGAGUAUUCACUGUUUAAUAUUUACUAUUUUGUUCAAUAUACUGUACUUCCUUUUGGAUUUUAAUUAAUAUCCAGAUUUUUUCCAGAGGGUGUUUUUAAAAAGGGGCUGCUCCCCACUCAUUGGUGAUGAAUGUGUGUUAAAAUUGUACUCUUUUUUGUGUGUGUGCUGUAUGGUAAAGCUUUGUUAUACAUUUUAUAAAUAUAUAUACAUAUAUGUGUAUAUAAAUAUAUGUAUAUAGAUAGCAAAGUGAUAACCCCCUCUCCAAUCCCCUCCACAAAACCAGGUGUUGAGUUCAUCCUGCAUAAAUAGAAAAAGGACAUAUGUAUAUGUAUUUUAAAGGCCAUGAGUUGUAUCCAGUAUUGAUCACAUUCAGAGUAGAGCUGUUGAAAUUAAUUGCUAUAACUGAUCUCAAGCGGUCUAUUCUGGCAGAACUUAAUUGGAUACAACCUGUUAUUUUAAAACUGCCUCCGGGGGGAUGGGGAGAAGUACAUAUUGCUCAAAUUAAAAAUAAACAUCAUACAUCAGAAGCAAAAAAGGGGUUUUGAAGUGGUGUGUUGGUUGGGGACUUUUAUAAAUAUAUAUAUUUAUAUAUAAAAAUUAAUUUGGUUUCACUUAGACAUAGCUCUGUCCGCAAGUGAUGUGGCUGGAUAGUGCCUGUGGAAGUUACACAUUUUCUGAAGCAUAUAUAACUGCAGGGAGCUACAAACAGCCAGGAAGUCAUGUGGCAUGCGUACAUGUCAAACAUGUCUUUUAAUGCAUAUUUGAGUACAUAACAUGCUACAUCUUUAGGGUCCAACUAGAUGUGGUGUUAAAUGCAUCACUGCAUUUAAUAUGCACACUUUUUAAAACAUUCAAAUAAGUUCCCCUCCCCCAGCAGUAUUGAUAAAAUAAAUUCGCUCCUCCAAAGCUGUUAAUUGCAUUAGGAGAAAAGCUGCCAUUGGUACCGGUUAGACUUAAAGAUGCAUUUAAGAUUGCAUCUGGUCUGGCUUUGGUGUGUACAAUAGAGGUGCAUGCUGAAGUAGCACAUGGCAGCAGUCAUACCCUCUCUAUGUAACUUAUUGUAGAAGACAGUAAAAGCCAACUUAGCAGGUGCUGCCUUUCAUUUCAUUUUGGUGGAUUGUCUCUUGGAACCACUAGGCAGUGCUUCAAGUUGGAAACCGUUGUAGUACUAUUAAGGCUUUGGCAAGUAACUUGUAUUGCAUGCUGGGUAGGACUUGUGGCCUGUGGACCAGUUCACACCCAGUUUGGCCCUCUUGGGAACUGCAUCCAGGGCUCGUAGGCUGGCAGUAGAUAUGCAGAUGCUAUGUAGAUGCCCGCUGCCAUGGCUUGCCCGAUCGUGGUGGCUUGAAAAAGGCAAUUUAAAUGUGUGGGCCAUUAUAAGCGUGAGCCAGUCUUUAUAAGACAACAAGAAUUUGAAUUCCCUUUCUUUAGGAAAUGGGUUAGAUUUUCUUUGGAGUGAAAUACCAGUUCGAUAUGUUUUGCAUCCUAAGAAUUGUACGGUUGGAAGGCAUGUGCAAUGUAAUUCUUCGCUGCCUAGAAAUCAGGAUUUAAAAUAAAAAGUCUCUCUGACUUUCUGCAAAGUAUCAUUAAAACUAAGCAAGAGGUAGAUUGUGGAAAUAGCAUAGAGUAGAAUGGAAACUCUUUCAGGUUUUUUCCUCAGUGUAUCCCCAAGUGACUACCUUAUUUUUCCCCCCUUAAAAUUUGGACACUUUACAGGCAAAUUUUUCCAUGUAUAAUUUAUUUCACCCAUCUUUCUCCUUCCCCACCUUAUGAAACUGUACAUACUGGUGGUGGAUUUUGUACUUUAUAGCUGGCUCUCCUUUCAUUUUCUUAAGGGUUCUGUAAAUGCAUAAGCUUCUAGGAUAUCUUAUUUUUUCAAAGCAUUUUGAGGAACUAAUGCACACUGUGUACAGUUACUUCUGUCUUCAUAGUUUAAAGCAGAAAACCUCCCAGUGGUCUGUCAGCUUCCUUGCCUCCCCCUUCACACUUAACACAGGAACCAAACCACCACUUCACAGGUCCUUCUGAUGCUUCAAAAUGGUAUGUUUCUCAGGCACUAUUUAUGCACCUACGUGAACUUUGCUGUACAUUUGAAUGGGAGUUCUUCAUUUCACAUUUACUGUCCGAUUUCUUGUGUGCCUUAAUGAAAUGGCUUUGCAGACUGUAUCUCAAUAGUCUUUUAUUCCUAUGCAGGUUUGUAAGAAGUUACACCAUUUUUUCCUUUCUGGCUUGGGCUUUGUACUUGAAUCAAGCCAACCAGUUUGUUUUUAAAAGGGGAAAAACCCACUUCUCAGAAUCAGACUGUUAACUCUUGGUCCAUCUCCUUGUUCCAGGGUCAGGCCCUAUCCAUUGUCCCCUCCAGAAAAGCUUUGCAUCAUGAAAAUAAAACAUGCUGACUUUUAUAAAUAUAUAUAUAUAAUUAACACUAAUAAUGUAACUCUAGAUGUUUUGAAAGUCUUACACAGUGAUCCUAGAUAUAAGGAUAGUUGCAACAGAACACAGGAUUGCGUGUGCAGCUCCAUCCUAUAAGUGAGUCAGUGUUUCUCUGCUGUCAUUUGCUAUUCUGUCAUACCAAAUACUAGAUUUUGCACUGAAGUAUGUGGCUCUGUCAUGGUCCUCCCCAAAAAUGACUUCUGGGUGGUCCAUUGAUGAGUCACUCCCUAAGCCCACCUCUGCACCUUGCAACAUUAACUUUUUAACUGAUAUGCUAGCAGAGGCUUUUGAGGGUCCCAGUUAGGCCAGAAUCCUCUCUUCUGGGAUUCUGGCCUUGAGCAGUAGCUCCUCAUGCUUCACAGAAAACCAGUUUUGAAAUGCAAAGGGAGUUGUGCUAUAUCAUGGGAGGAAUGGGACAGAAGUAGCUGCUGCCUAAACCUACUGAAAAAUCAUACUGGGCAUGUGCAAGUUCCUCUGUUAUGCCUAAAGCAGCUGUGUGUCUCUUUAAGGCAGAGAUUUUUGGUGCAACCUUUUAAAGCCAAUCCAAAUGUGUGCAGGAAAGAUGCAUGGUAUGGUUUCUGGGUCAAUACUGCCUUGAGGGUAGGAGACUUGUUGCUUGAAAGAGCCCCCGUGCCCAACUCCCCGUUUGUGGGAAAGUAGUAUGUCAAACAUGUUAGCUUUUUGCAUUCAGGGUACUUUGGGCAAGGGAGUGCUUUCAAAGAAAUGACAAUCCAACCUCUGUCCUUGACAGGUUCUGAGAUCCUACUGACUUGUUGGAGGGCUGUGCCACAGCUCUCGCUUAGAUUUCAACAGCAAGUUCUACAACAGCUUGUACAAUGACAUUGUUCAACACCCCCCUUUUUUUAAAUGGUGUAAAUAGAAUCAAUGGCAUUUAAGGGAAGGUUGCAAUUGGAUUAAAUCUUGCGCAAAUCCAAGUUGCUAGAAUGGGGUCACAUGUUGCAUAUGGUAACAUCCUGACUCGUAGCAGAUAAAAGAAGUAAGGCACGUUGGAAAUGCUUUAGCCUUUUAAACUAUGAAGGACACUAAUGCAUUGACAAGUCUACUGUGCGCACAAGAAAUAAAUAGUAAAUAAAAGAGCAUAAAUGACUCCUGCCAGAACAACAAUGGGAAGAACUUUAAAAUUUAGAAUGUGAAAAGACUUUUAAAAAAUAUUAGAAAUUUUCCUCACUUUGCUGUGCAAGAAAACACUGCUUUGCUAUAUUUAAAAAGAAAAGCUUUUUUUAAAAAAAUAAGAAAAAAUAUGUAUUUGGUAAAUGUUUGUAGUCAACAGUUCACAGACGAGGCUGUUUGCGGUUGAAGCCGUCUGGCGGCACAAGCUGGACUUUGUUGCCAUCUUUGAGACGAAUCUUUAAGGAAAAAAUAUUAAGUUAAUCUUUUUCCCUGAAUGUGGUGUUUUUUUCUUCAUUAUACGAUAAAUAUUCUAGUGAACUUUUUAUCAAAUGGUUAAGAAAAUGCUAGACGUUGUUGUAAAAUAUUUGUAUCUUGCAUUCACUAAAGUAAAAAUACUGGCUUUUACUGUGUA